AUGUCAACAACACCGGAUGUUGAAUUUAAAUUUAAUUUACCAUUAUAUUUUCCGCUCGAAACAAACACCAAUGCUAAUAAUUUGCACCAUAUUAAUAAUAAUGACGAUGAUGAUGAUGAUGUGGAGGACAAUGGCAACGACAACGACGACGAUGAUGGUUCCGAUGAUCUCGAUGCUGAUGGCUUUAAUAAUGAUGUCAAUGUUGAUGUUGACAUUGGCGGUAAUGGUGUUGCUGUUGACGGCAUUGGUGGAGGUGGUCAAGACCAGCACAAUCAUCACCGCAUUGGUGUUGGUGGAAGUGUUUAUAAUGAUUUUAAAUUUAAUAACAAUUACAAUGAUUAUACAACCAUAGACUCAGGUCUUUUAUUUAAGUAUUGA